AUGGCUCUGCUGUCGUCGCUGCUGUGCCUGGUGCUCGUGCUGGCCGCGUCGACCGCGCAGGAGGCGGAGGAGCCGCUCCUGUGGUGGCAGACGGGCAUCAUCUACCAGAUCUACCCCAGAUCCUUCAGGGACAGCGACGGGGAUGGCGUGGGUGACCUUAAAGGUGUAACGGAGAAGCUGGACCACCUAGUAGAGGCUGGUGUAACAGGAGUCUGGCUGUCUCCGUUCUUCAAGUCGCCUAUGGUUGAUAAUGGUUACGACAUCUCUGACUUCACAGACGUCGAUCCUGUUUUCGGCACCAUGGAAGAUUUCGACGAAUUACUGGCUCAAGCCCACGAUAAAGGUCUGAAAAUACUAAUGGACUUCGUUCCGAAUCACUCGAGCGAUGAACACGAAUGGUUUCAAAAAUCGUCGAACGUUAGUGAUCCAGAAUAUGACAAGUAUGAGGAUUAUUAUGUGUGGCUUGAGGGGAAGGUCGGUGAAGAUGGAGAGACACCGGAACCGCCCAACAACUGGGCGAACCUGUUCAACGGAGAGUCGGCCUGGGAGUGGAACAAUGACCGGCAGCAGUACUACCUCCACCAGUUCCACAAAGCGCAGCCGGAUCUCAACUACAACAACACCGAAGUCGUCGAAGGGAUGAAGGAUUUCAUGCGGUUCUGGCUGGAGAAAGGCGUGGACGGGUUCCGCAUGGAUGCAGUGCCUCACCUGUUCGAAGACGGUCUGUUCCGAGACGAGGAAGAAGUGGAUGGAGGCCUGACUUCUAAGUAUACCAAACACCAGGACGGCACGUACGACAUGGUGCGGCAGUGGAGGGAGGUAGUCGAGGCGUUCGGCACCGACAAGUUAAUGAUGACAGAGGCAUACGGAACGUACGAAGAAGUGGUGCGCUACUAUGGCAAUGACAGCAGUCCUGGGGCACAUUUCUCUUUUAACUUCGUCUUCAUCACGGAUGUCAACAACCAGUCCGAUGCAGCGACAUUCAAGAGCGCCGUGGAUGACUGGCUCGAAGUAACUGUCAACCAGGGCCUCUGGUCCAACUGGGUGAUUGGAAAUCACGACCAGCCGCGCGUGGCCAGCCGGUACAGCCCAGAGCUGGUGGACGGAUUGAACAUGCUUGUGACACUGCUGCCCGGAACCGCCGUCACCUACAACGGAGAAGAGAUCGGCAUGGAGGACAACUACAACAUGACGUGCGAGGUGGCGCACGACCCGCAGGGCUGCCACGAUGGUGUCACUUUGGGCAGGUCAAGGGAUCCCUGCAGGACGCCCUUUCAAUGGGACAGCACGACGAGCGCAGGCUUCUCGAGCAACGAGACGACGUGGCUGCCGGUGCAUGAGAACUACGAGACUCUGAACCUGGAGGCGCAGAAAGCGGCCGAGCGAAGCCACUUCAAGGUCUACCAGAAGCUGGCCGCCGCCCGCAAACAGAGGGUGGCGCAGAGGGGCGCCACCGAGACGUUCGCCCUGGGCAGUGUCUUUGCUUUCACCAGGACCCUGGCUGGCGAGGACAGUCUGCUGGUGGCGGUGAACCUGGGGACGGAGAACCAGUCGGUCGACCUCAAGGCCAUGCUGCCGCUCGCCCAUCACUUCACCGUCCUCACCAGUUCCAUCAGCAGCCCUCUGACCGAAGGUGGCGGCGCUCCUCCCGGAAUGGCGCCAGCUGCGACCGUGCCGCUGUCGCUGCUACUGGCGGUCUCGCUGCCACUGCUGGCCGCCGGCGAGGCGCUCAAGUGGUGGCAGACUGGCGUCGUCUACCAGGUCUACCCCAAGUCCUUCAAGGACUCCGACGCCAACGGCGUGGGAGACAUCAAAGGAAUCACGUCCAAGCUGUCCCACCUGACCGACAUGGGCGUAGCAGGUGUCUGGAUAUCGCCCGUGUACCCUUCGCCUAUGAAGGACAAUGGCUAUGACAUCUCCGACUUCAAAGGCAUAGACCCAACGUUUGGUACCAUGGAAGACUUGGAUGAAUUACUGAACAAGGCACAUGCAGUCGGGCUGAAGGUGCUCAUGGACUUCGUGCCGAACCACUGCAGCGAAGAGCAUGAGUGGUUCCAGAAGGCGACCAACACGUCACAUCCGGAACACGCCAAGUACCGCGAGUACUUCGUGUGGCACCCGGGCGUCGCCAAAGACAACGCGUCACAGCCUGACGUGCCCAACAACUGGGAAAGCUGGUUCGGUGGUUCCAUGUGGACUUGGCACGAAGAACUGCAAAUGUACUAUCUGCAUCAAUUUGGGCCGUAUCAGCCGGAUCUCAACUUCAACAAUCCAGAAGUUGUAGAGGAGAUGAAGGAGGUGGUGAGGUUCUGGCUGAAUAAGGGCGUGGACGGCUUCAGGAUGGACGCAAUUCCGCACCUGUUCGAGAACGAGAGUUAUCCAGACGAGGAGUGGGCCGGCCAGUACACCAAGCACCAGCCCAAGACGUACGAGAUGGUGCAGCAGUGGCGGGCUCUGCUCGACUCCAUCAACAGCGAGGCGGUGAUGGUGACGGAGUGCUACGGGUCGAUGGACGAGAUCGCAGGAUAUUACGGGAAUGCCACCAACCCGGGAGCGCACUUCUCUUUCAACUUCCAGCUUGUCUACGUGGAGGCCCAGAACUCUGCCUCUGACGUCAAGAACACAAUCGAUGUCUGGAUCGACGGUGCUAAGAGGCUAAAUCUCUGGAGCAACUGGGUGGCCGGCAACCACGACAAGUCUCGCGUGGCGUCGCGUGUGGGCCUGGACCUGGUGGACGGCAUGAACAUGCUGCUGACUCUGCUGCCCGGCACCGCCGUCUCCUACAACGGAGAGGAGAUCGGCAUGGAGGACUACAGGGACUUCCAGACCAGCGAGGAGCGCGACUACGAGCGGACCCCCUACCAGUGGGACAACUCCACCAGCGCAGGUUUUUCGGACAACGCGACGACAUGGCUGCCCGUGAACCCCAACUACGUGACGCUCAACCUGGCGGCACAGAAGGCGGCCGAGCGCAGCCAUUACCACGUCUACCAGCAGCUGGUGCGCAUGCGCGAGGAAGCCGUCGUCCAGCAAGGAGACGUUUCCACCGCUGCUCUGGGCAGUGCCCUCGCUGUCGCCAGGGCGACACAGGGUGCCAACCCGCUUUUUGUUCUGGUGAACUUCGGCAGUGGUACCACCACCGUCAAUCUGAAUGACGGCUUCUCGUCCAUUACCACCGAAUAUGUAAAUGUCAGUGUCACCAGUGUUAAAUCCAGCCACAAGGAAGGAGAGUUGCUGCGGUCGACGUCGGUAGAGCUGGCUGGUUACGAAGCAGUUGUGCUGCGCGGUGUGCCCUCUGGAGGCGUGGAAGUCGAUGUUGAUGUCGGUGCCAAUGGGGACGACCCGCAAGCGGGCGCCAUCGCUGGCGCGGACGACUCGGAGAAGCCCACCGACGACAAGGGAGGCGCGGCCUUCUCGCCGUCGGCUUCUGCGGCCGCUCUGCUGCCCACGCUGCUGGUGGCCGCUCGGAGGGCCUGAGAGGCGUCUGCAGAUGAUACUGGCUACCAGCGAUAGCAAGUCCCAAGACAGUGCCCGCAGUUCUUUUUAAUUUACAGGAAACUUAACACAAUAUUGCGAUACAAUUGACAAUGAGCCUAAAAGCGAAUGCGAAAAAAAUAAAAUGAAACCGGUAGCAAAUUAAGUUAUUCGUGAAUCAAUAUUAUAGAUACAAAAAAAGUUAACAAUAAAAUUUCAGAUGCAUAAGUGCUA